UACACAACCAUCAAUUUUCUUGAACGCAAAAAGAAAAAUUGUCAAACAUUUUACUUGAAGCUACAAGAAUGACUCUCUUUAAUAUUGAUGUUGAAAUCCAAUCCACGGUUCCUGCUCCUAAGCUUUUCAAGGCUUACCAUGACUUCGAUAAGCUCGCACACAAGGUCGAUCCUGAAACAUAUAAAUCAGUUGAAAUUAUCAAAGGUGAUGGAGGCCCUGGAACUGUCAGGAAUAUCACUUUUGGCGAUGGUCUUCCAUUUACGAGUGGAAAAUCUAAGAUUGAUACUAUUGACGAAGAAAACCUUAGUCUAAGCUACACGAUCUUCGAAGGAGACGUUUUGACGGAUGUAUUAGACUCUGCCACUCAUCAUGUAAAGUUUAUACCUUCAGCUGAUGGGGGAUCCACGUACAAACAUACCAUUGUGAAUAAAUGCAAAGGCGAUAAUAAGCUCACAGAUGAUCAGGUCAAGCUUACAAAAGAAUCUUUUACUAAAACUUUUAAGGCGGUGGAGGCCCAUAUCAAUGCCAAUCCUAAUGCUUACUGAUUUAUCGAUCUCGAAUGAAGGUGUUCUGUCUUGAGGUAUCGAUGGAGGUGUUUUAUGUUGCAUGUUUUGGACUAGUUCCUUCUCUUUUGCCAAAAAUAAAUGGACUUUAGUCCUGUUGUGUUCUACAUCUGCUGUACUAUGUUUCUUUAUCAUAUCAUAAAAGGCCAUUAGUUAUAUAUUUGGGUCACAUAUUGAAUAAUCUUGUACUUGGGGACGAAAUCAGUAAUUUU